GUCCCUGGAAAAAAUCGCUACUGUUCUUAAGUUGACUGCGAGUCGUUAUGGUUCUGACCGGACGGAUCCGGCGGACCGUGCAGUUCGAAGAAUCGAACUUCGGCGCCACUGUGUACGCGCUUGCUUUCCUAGAAGUUCCUCUCACCAUUUUUUGUCGACGCUACAUUGAAUGGAAACUAAAAAGAAACACCUCGUUUUUGUACACGAACAUUAGUUUUUGAGUCCAAACUGGAGGUACAUAUUUUCCCAAAUUGAUGCUAGCUUAUGUAUUGUAGCAUGGAAGCUAGUUAGCUACAAAGUAAGCAAAGCUGUACAGCCCCACUUAAUUGGUUAUCGCGGAUAUAUACAUUGUCUUGUAAUUACUACAAUGAUUAUUGAUAUGUUUGGUUAAAAAACAGGAAACUCACGAAUUUGUUGCGUACUUGCGGGCUUCGUUGAAUAGUGACGCUUUUUGUGUGAGGACACGACGGUAAGUGGCACGAGACCUUGAAUGCUAUGAAUAUAAUAUGUAUAUAUAUUUAUAUGGUAUAAAGUCAUUUAGCUGUCAUUAAAAUGCUGCCAUUCAUUUGUUGAUCAAUGGUUACUCGAUGUUUGUGCGUGUCCCUUGUGCUGUUAAUGGAGGCGGACACGUCGAUACAAAUAUCCACCAUGUUGAUAAUUAUAGGUUGUGAUGUUUUCCAGUUAUCUUCUGUUUGUUUGCUUUUGUGUUGUUCAAACGUAUAUUGUUUACUAAAAAAAUGUUCACCGCUGAUAAAUUGUUUUCAAACUUUUGCACUACACUCUACUAAUGUAACAUAAGUCACACUGUCUUAUGUCCUAGGUUCCCAAAGUGUAGUACGACAAUUGUCAUAGGAGGUAGGGAAUGCAAAUAAAACCAAUUAGCACCUAACAUUCACAAUUACAAGUUCACCUGAACACCUCACUGCGCGAGGAGACGGGAGCAGGAAGGAGACAAAGUUGUUAAUUGAUCUGUGCUUGCAUCAUAUCAACAAAUAAGCACGCUUGGUGGAGGAUCAUCCCGGCAUUGACAGAACUGAACGCUACAAGCAGGGUGUUUUUUACCCAACAGGUUGUGUCUUAGUUUGACCCAUAGGGGCCAGCAAUGGUCUUAACGGAAGUCCAGAGAAGCAGCUUCUUCACCGGGCCUACCUUACAGCAGGGACAGGAGAUGAGUGGUGUGGCAUCAAGGCAAAACAGACUAUCCAUCUGGAGCGUCUUCAACUUUGUUUCCAGGCCAAAUGCACCAUCUGGGCACUUGUGACCAUGGGUAGAUGGUUCACUUCUUUUACCGUAUUGUUACAGAUGCAGACACCUGCCACUCAGCGAUGUCGGAAUAGUCUCAACUCCAUCACUUCAGACACACUUGAGGAAUGGCUCGGCGUCCGUGACGAAGCUGGAGCUCGCUGGAACUCGGCGUACUAGCGGGGACUGGUGUGCGAUGAACAGAAGAAGAAGCCACAUCUGCAGCCUGAGGGACUAGAAUAUGCAUCUGUUAUCAAAGGUAGUUUGUUGUCCAUCUUGCUUUUUUUUCUCUGUAUUAUCGGCACAUUUUGGACUCAGCAGCCACAACAUUGAGUUACAGUCGCUUAAAUAACACAUAUCACAAAGACAUGACGUAGUUUGGUUAUAAUAUUAGGCUCAUCCUAAUAUUGGGAGAUUUAAAAGGAGUAGGAAAAAGCAUGGCUUAUUUAAUCCUACCUCUCCUCCCCCAUCCGUUUCAUACACAUUGCAAUACAUUUGUUCACUUCCUGUUUUCCAAAUGUACUCUUUGCCAGUUUCAAUACAUAGGAAAAUGAAAAGCGAGUACAACAAUGUUAUAAAUAACGGUAUGUAAGUUAUGACUUUCAUGACUAUUUCCUUAUGUGUUAUGUAAUAAAUAAUGCGCUUUGUGUGCUCGUCACCUUCCAUGUGAAACUUCUUUCCAAGUGAGCCCAACAUGGCCAGCACCGCACUUCAGCUCCUUGGUUUCUUCUUAAGCCUGCUCGGCUUUGUGGGAACUGUAGUCGCCACCGUUCUUCCACACUGGCGCAGCUCGGCCUACGUGGACUCAAACAUCAUCACGGCCACCGGCACCUUUAAAGGCCUGUGGAUGGCGUGCGUGUGGCACAGUACGGGCAUUUAUCAGUGUGAGCUGUAUAGAUCUCUCCUGGCGCUGCCACAGGACAUGCAGGCUGCCCGGGCGCUCAUGGUACUCUCCUGCAUCACCUCCGUGCUUGGAGUUGUGGUUUCUGUGAUGGGUAUGAAGUGCACCUACUUUGCCCGAGGCUCAUUAAUCAAGUCCCCGCUGGUGCUGAGUGGAGGCAUUUGCUUUCUCUGUGCCGGUUUGCUCUGCUUGACCACUGUUUCCUGGACCACCAAUGACGUCAUUGCGGAUUUCUAUGACCCCUUCCUCCCAAGUGGCAUGAAGUACGAGAUCGGCCUGGCGGUGUAUAUUGGCUAUGCUUCGGCCUGUCUGAGUCUCUGUGGGGGACUUGUGCUGUGCUUGAGCGGCUGUGGUGAGCGUGCACCGAGGCAUCUCCAAAGGCAGAGGAGUCAGCCUUCUUCCCCGCCCCCGGAUUUCAACAACAUUUAUCCCCCAGCUCCUCCAUACAAACCCCCAGAGGCCCUCAAAGGCAAUCGAGCCCCGUCACUUUGCUCCGUCUCCAGCAGUGGCUACAGACUUAAUAACUACGUCUAAGACUGUACAUUAGUAACCAUAGUACCAAAAACACUCUCGACCACAUUAUAGUCACAUUGAAAAGCAGAAAUGAUCACCUGCAAUGUGGCGACGAUACCACUAGGUGGCUACAUUUAUCAGGAAAUAGUGUAGUGUUAACAGGUACAAGUCACUGCAAAUACACAGUACAUACUUCGUAUUUCAUUCCAAUUUUAGAUGUAAAACGAGCUGACAUUAUUGGUGUAUUCAUGUUCUAUUUAAUCACAUGACGCCAAAUUCCAUUAAAAUGUGCACCUUGAAUUUUUUCCUC